UGAUCCUCAUGAUCGUCGUAUACGGAUUUCUAGGAAUGUGAUUUUCUUUGAAAAUCAAUAUUUCUUUCCAUCUCGUGUUGAGAUGCCAUCUGCAUCUUUAUCUCUUCUGCCUAGCUUUUAUAAUUCCCCGACAAUUGUGGAAAGGUUCAAACCUGGUUUUGUGUAUGGAAGACGUAGUCGACAUGAGUCUGGUUCCACUUCCUUUGUGCCCCCUCACGAUCUUGACCUGGCACCUGCUCCGGCUUCCACCACUCUUCACCGGUCUACUCGCCCUUCUCAACCCCCUGAUUGGCCAUGGAACAUGAGUGUUGGCAAAAUGCAAUGCAAACAGAACUUCAAGCACUUGAGAAGAAUCACACUUGAGAUAUUGUUCAUUGCCCCUACAGUCAAACCUAUUGGGAGUAAAUGGAUUUUUUCUGUAAAGUUUCGUUUUGAUGACUCUUUGGAUCGGUACAAAGCUCGACUAGUAGCUCUGGAAAACAAACAUGAAUAUGAGAUUGAUUAUGAGGAGACAUUUGCUCAUGUUGCCAAAAUGACCACGAUUCAAACCAUUUUAGCUAUUGCUGCUUCAUAGUCGUAGCAAUUGCAUCAGAUGGAUGUGAAGAACGUCUUUCUUCAUGGUGAUCUCUAAGAAGAAAUCUACAUGAAGCUUCCCUCUGGUAUGACUACUUCUCCUCAUGAUGUCUGUAAGCAAAUGUGUUCUCUGUAUGGGCUCAAGCAAGCUCUCCGGGUUUGAUUUGAGAAGUUUCGCAGUACAUUUCUUACCUUCAAUUUUACACAAAGUUAGUGUGAUUCUUCUCUCUUCUUCCACAAGUCUGCAUUGGGUAUAGUCCUUCUCUUGGUUUAUGUGGAUGAUAUUGUCAUUACUGGAACUGACUUUGGUUUGAUUAAUAAGUUUUAGCAGUUGUUGCAUGCGACUUUCCAUAUGAAAGAUCUUGGCCAGCUCACAUACUUCUUAGAA